UGGUCACUUGUCACAUCCUCCUUUAUUCCUCCUCUUUUGUUUGUUAGGAAAGCAGGAUACUCUAAUUUUCUGACAAACAUCGGGGAAGAAUUGAGUGUGAAGAGCUCAAAAAAGAUGACAGAAAAUGACAAAUCUACACAUGCAGAGAACUAUGCUGGUGAAAUUAAGGGAGGGCUUAGGCCAACCAUGAAAAUUGUUAUCAUGGGAGUAAUAUCUCCCAAUCCUGUCAGUUUUUCAUUGACUUUAUUCUGUGACCCCAUUGAUGAUCAGCCAAGCAAGGAUGUUGGAUUCUUCCUUGCAGUCAGCUUUCCUGAUAAAUCAAUUAUUCGGAAUUCACGAGUUGAUGGGAAAUGGGGCGGCGAGGAAGAUGAAAUUCCUUACUUUCCGUUUACAGCAGGGGAAUCAUUUAAGAUGGAGCUCUUGUGUGAACAUCAGCAGAUUCGGGUUCUAGUCGACGGGCGUCAGCUCUGCAAUUUCAACCACCGUGUCCAACCUACGCAAAGGAUGACAACUUUAAAAAUCUCAGGAGACAUCAAGCUCACCAAGGUGGUAUGAAGAAAAGAACAGAGCUCUCAACAUGAUUAUUGGGUUAUGGCAAAAUAAGUGCUUUCCCUACAUCCCCAACUAACUGUAACCUUUGGGUGUGCAUGAUGAUUGAAAUAUUAAAUGUUCCAGAAAUCUUGA